GGCUGCCUCCAGACCUCGGCACGGGUGGCCACCAUGUCCUUGAAGAUCCAGACAAGCAACGUAACCAACAAGAAUGACCCCAAGUCCAUCAACUCUCGGGUCUUCAUUGGAAACCUCAACACAGCUGUGGUGAAGAAGUCAGAUGUGGAAACCAUCUUCUCCAAGUAUGGCCGUGUGGCCGGCUGUUCUGUGCACAAGGGCUAUGCCUUUGUCCAGUAUGCCAACGAGCGCCAUGCCCGAGCAGCUGUGCUGGGAGAGAAUGGGCGGGUGCUGGCAGGGCAGACCCUGGACAUCAACAUGGCUGGCGAGCCCAAGCCAAACAGACCCAAGGGGUUAAAGAGAGCAGCAUCUGCCAUUUACAGUGGCUACAGUUUUGACUAUGAUUACUACCGGGACGACUUCUACGACAGGCUUUUCGACUAUCGGGGCCGCCUGUCACCAGUGCCUGUGCCUAGGGCUGUCCCUGUGAAGCGACCCCGGGUUACAGUCCCCUUGGUCCGCCGCGUCAAAACUAUACCUGUCAAGCUCUUUGCUCGCUCCACAGCCAUCACCACCAGCUCAGUCAAGAUCAAGUUAAAGAGCAGUGAGCUGCAGGCCAUCAAGACAGAGCUGACGCAGAUCAAGUCCAACAUCGAUGCCCUGCUGGGCCGCUUGGAACAGAUUGCCGAGGAGCAGAGGGCCAACCCAGAUGGCAAGAAGAAAGGCGACAGUGGCAGUGGCAGUGGCAAUACUGGUGGCAGCAGCCGGCCACCAGCCCCCCAAGAGGACACAACUUCUGAGGCAGGCACACCCCAGGGAGAAGCACAGCCUCGAGAUGACGGUGAUGAGGAGGGGCUGCUGACACACAGCGAGGAAGAGCUGGAGCACAGCCAGGACACAGAUGCAGAGGAUGGGGCCUUGCAGUAAGCAGUCUGACAGGAGCGAUGGCCACUGGCAAGAGAAGGGCGUGCACUGUACCAGGCCUCAAACUGGACACCCACCCCUGGAUGCCACCCCAGCCCAUCCCAGAGAAGAGCUGGCAGCAGGCACCUCAUCCCCCAUGCAUCCUGGCCAGUGCCACAUCCUCUGCAGGUGGAGUUAUCAGCUUCCCCUUCCCACAUACCCUCCCUGUUGGCACUGCCUAGGCCAGAGGGCAGAGCACGGAGUUUUUCCCACACUCUGCCCAGGACACUCCCAGGCUUGGGGUUUUUCUAUAGGUUUGGAGAGGAGUUGGGGGGGCACAGAGAGGGGACCCUAACAAUAAAGAGAUUGGAUCCCAACUUGCUCUGAGAUGGGAUAGUUUGUGUUUUCUCAUAAAGGUACCCUGGCCCCCCUGCCCAAUCAGAAAGCAGAUCUACUCUACCCCUUUCUGCUCCCUCCUUCACUCUUACCUGUCAGGGACCAUUGUCUAGGGUGUGUAAUACUGAUCCACCUGGGCCUUAAUUUCCACAGCAAAAACAGAUAAAAUGGCCAGCAGGGCUGUUGGGGAGGCCAGAUAUGCCAGUGCCCGUGAGGGUGCUGAAUGUUUGCUACCCACUUGGUCAAUAGUAGGUCCAGGCUGCAGCUUCUCACUAGUCCGGCCUUUCCCUGCUCUAAAGCAGUCCGAGAACCCGCUGUCCCCCCUCUCUGCCCUGGUUUAGGAGACUGUUUUCUUCACGGGCACUUUGCCCUCUCGCCAGCCUCCCAGCCUCCAGCUUCUCUCUGCCCCGUUUCUCAGAGGCCACCACAGCCUUAUUUCUGAAUCAUAUCCCUUCCCUUUCUGACUUCUCGUCGUCAGGAUAAAAUGCCAGCUUCUGAAUAGGGGUACGUGAUCCUGGUCUCUCCUGUUCUUUUGUCACCACACACACAAACCUUACAUUGCAGCCACACAAAACAAGUCCUUCACACUCACUGGCAGCAAGAAAUAGAGCCCCUCCAUUUACCUCACCCAGCAGGAGUUUGGCGUCAGGGUUACGCGUGGCCUGUCUGCACUUAUCUCUGUUCUUUAACUGGCCAGGUACCUUCAAACUCCACCUCUGUCCCAACUUCGCCUCCUGCCCCCUUUCCCCAUAUUCCCCACAAAUUGUACAGUUUCUCCGCAUUCAGGUUCCCAGUAGGGAAUCAGUGGCCACAGCAGUUACAUUUUGAGUCAGUCAUAGAUUACUGACCAGGACAAAAAGCCAUGGGUACCUCCCCUGGUCCAGUGAACUGGGUGAUUCAAGUGUGGCCACUUAGGCUGGUCUCACUGGCAUAGGGCUGUGGGUGCACAGGCACCCACGAACAUACUUUGCUCCAAGCCUGGCACAUACUCUUGCUUCUACUUUCUCUACCUGGGAAUUAUCCACUUAUCAUUAAGCUGCUAUUCUAGUCCGUACCACUGAGAAUUCUCAGAAAUCUAGACUUGGGGUGAAAAAUAGCCGCUUGGAACGAGGCUGGGCCCUUGCCCAGCUUGGUCAAAACAAAAGACUUCAGUCUGGAGAGAUGAAGGUGUCCUGAGGAAGGUACUAGGUCCACAGGGAGUGUCCUUUCUCCCCUGAAUAGCCCUCAGUGAACAUACCCCUACCAUCCUUGAACUCAAAUCUUUCUUUGCUGUACAGAAGGCCAGAGCCCAGCUCUAGCGGACCUGUUUGCACACCUGGGCAGAUGUUUGUGUCCCCACCUGUGCAAGAUGGGGAACUACUACCCUGAAUUGGAGCUGCAUUAGACAAAGUCUAAAGAAGGGGUUUUGGAGCCUGGUGAACCUCAGAGGGCUGGCACCAUAUUCCUUUGUUCCUAGAGCCUAGUGCUCUGUGCCCAUUGCACUGUAAUAACAUUCCCAGAUUCUGCAAGGCUCUACUUGGUAGUACUUGACUGAGGCACUUUUCAGAGCUUGGGGGUCAGGUAGAACAGCAGGGGCUUAUGGGCUUCUGUAGUAUGUCAGGCACAGGGUGCCAUGAGAAGAGCAGGGAAGACCCAUUUCAGUGCAGAAAGCAUCUUCUCUACCCAGAGGCCCUGCCUAAUCGCCCUGAUACCAGAACAUAUCCUGGACAGAGAAUGGGAUCCCUGUCCUGGCUUUCCAGGGAAUAGUUACAGUUGUACCCUUGAGCAGGAGGUUCAUAACCAUAAAACCCUGCAUGUAUAUCCCUGCCCUCACCAUGUCUGGGGCUAAGGAAGUUAUCUCCCAUUCCAUUGCUCAACAGUUUUCAAUAUUCUGUCUAACCUUUGAAAACCAAAAACAGAUGGUGAAGAAAUGUGAUACCAGAUUGUGCCCAAAGGACCAAUAUCUCUAGAUGUUUUUAAGAUCCAAAACCUCAUUUGUGAUUCUAUCAGCCAUCCUGGAGUAUCACAGAAGUUGGUUUACUGGAUUGUGAAGUUAGGCAAGUCUUUUUCCUUGCCAGGUCUGUUUCCUCAUGUGUAUGAGGGGUUGGCCUAGAUCAGGGAAAAUAUGGGCCUUGUAUCAGUUAUUAACUGUUGUAUAACAACUACCCUGAAAUGUAGUGCCUUUCCUAAACAUUAAUUAGCUUCUGAUUCUGUGGCUUGGCAGUUUGGAUUGUGCUCAACUGGGUGGUUCUUCUGCUUACCUGGGUCCUUAUGUGGGUGAAGUGAGCUGGCAGAUUGCCUGGGGGCUGGUUGGUCCCAGAUAACCUCACUCACUUGUCAAGUGGUUGGCUGGGCAACAGGGGCAACUGGGCCACAUGUUCACAGCAUUUAGCAGGCAAGACAGGGUAAGCCCCAAUACACAAGUGCUCCUCAAGCUCCUGCUUAUGUCCUGUUGUCAAGUCACAUGGCUAAGCCCAAAUUCUUCUUUGUCUCAGGUGUCUUUUCACUUGCUGCUUCAAAACAUUUAUUAGUAGCUGCUGGAGUGCUUUUUGAGGACUUACAGCAAUUUUUAGAUUAUUAGGAAAUAGUAACAUGGUAGUUUGGUGGUUUUUUAAUUGGCAAGGAGUUGAAAUGUGGCUAUGUGUCAGAUAUUAGCCAACCCUGGCCAGGUCUUAGAGACCACAGAAAUACAGAAGGUAGAGCAGGGCUGAAGCUCUGAGCCAGGUGUCCUGGGUUUGAAUUGCAGUUGGACCACUGAUUAACUUUGGGUAAAUCAUAAUCCCUCUGCCAGUGGCCACAUUCUUCAUAAUAAAAUUAUUCCAUAGUAACAGUAAACCAUUUCUUGUAUAUCUGCUGUGUAAAAGGCACAUUUUAUACUUAUUUAAUCUUCACAACAACCCUUUAGGUUGAUGUGUGAACUUUUGGUUACAAGUUAUAGAAACUGAACUCAAACCUCCUUAGGAAGGAGGAAGUUUAGCUUCACAAAUUGAAAAGUGCAGGGCAUGUGAGGGUGGAGGGGGGGAAGAAGGAAUCCCCAAAAGGGAAAUAUGAGUUCUUUUGCUGGAAAAGAGGAGGCUUGGGCUGACAGAAACGACAUGUCUUCAUUGUGUGGUUAUGCCCAUUUUACAAGUGGGGUUCUAAACACGGCCCCAUUGGCAAGUAGUGUCUGUAUCUUCUCCCUUUCAUCUGGACUGUGACUGAUCUAUGGAAUACGGUGAGGGUCAUGCCAUUCCGGUCUCCCAGCAGUAUGCACCUUUCGUGUCUCGGGACCCAGCCACCACGCUAUAAGAAGCCUAGGUCACAUGGAGAGCCAUGUGUACAUGUUCCAGCUGACAGCCAGUAUGAACUGUCAGACGUUAGCGAAGAAGCCUUUGAGAUGACUCCAGCCCAGCCACUGUCUCACUGAAAACUGAGUAAGAACUGCUUCGCAGACCCUAGCCAGAGCCUGGCGCCAUGAGGGGUAAUCACCAAAUGAUUGUUGUUGUAAGCCACUAAGUUUUGGUGGGUUUGUUACAUAUCAAUGGAACAUAGACUCAAAGAGGUUACGUAGCUUGCUCUGCUUUAGGAGGACUGGAUUAACAGUAUAGACUGUUUAACUGAGUUCCUAUUUAGACUAUUUGUUGUAUGAUCUUAGGCAAGUCACUUAACCUGAGUCUUAUCUUCAUUUCAAACACAGAAGAACAAAUCUUUGUAUAACAGUACUUAAUAAAUGAGAGUACUUAUCUUUACCUAA